AUGAUGGUCAAAUCUUCGACAUUGCUGCUCUUGGGAGCAGCAAUGGCCGUCAUGGCCAUGCCCGUAACUCACGAGUACGAGGUCCAUGAGCGCCGUCAUCUGGAGCCCGAGUCUUGGACCAGCAGCAAGAAACUCGACGGCUCGAUGAUGCUGCCGGUCCGAAUUGGAUUGACCCAGUCCAAUCUGGACCGUGGCCAUGAUCUUCUGAUGAAGAUGUCUUCUCCGUCGUCUAGCAGCUACGGCAAAUACAUGACCGAGGCCGAGGUCCAUGACUUUUUCGCGCCUGGGGCCAAAGCCGUUGGGGACUUACGGGCUUGGCUCGAGUCCUCUGGAAUCUCUGCAGACCGCAUCAGUCAAUCGGUGAAUAAACAAUGGCUGCAGUUUGACGCGAGUACCGAGGAGCUCGAGAAGCUUCUGCGCACCGAGUAUCAUCUCUACGACAACCCCCAGACCGGUCGAUCUCAUAUUGCCUGCCGCGAAUACCAUGUCCCUCGCUCUGUCCGGGAGCAUAUCGACUUCAUCACUCCGGGGAUUUCACCUCGAGAGGUGACUGGAGUCACCCCCAUCAACAAAGAGAAGCUCAAAAAGCGUCGCAUUCAAGGCUCUCCAAUCGAAGUUCAGCCUGUUGAAGCGGGGUUGAUGGAUAAAUAUCGAGGAAAGCAGACACCACCAGAGGCGUGUGAUACUGCAGUGACUCCAGAGUGUAUCAGACAGAUGUACAACAUCCCCAAGGGACAUUCGGCAACUCCCGGCAACGAAUUGGCCAUUUUUGAGGACUUAGGGGAUGUUUAUGCCCAAGAGGAUCUGAAUCUGUUCUUCAGUACCUUUGCACCGGAAAUCCCCGUUGGAACUCAUCCGAAGCUUGACUCGGUCGACGGUGGUGUAGCCCCCAUUACCCCUGCAAAUGCCGGCGCCGAGUCCGACCUGGAUUUCCAAAUCUCGUACCCGAUCAUCUGGCCGCAGAACUCCAUUCUGUUCCAAACGGAUGAUAUGGUCUACGAGAACAAUUACACCUACGACGGCUUCCUCAACACCCUUCUCGACUCCAUCGACGGCUCCUACUGCAGUCAGGUCUCUCCACUGGACCCUCCCUACCCUGAUCCCAACCCCGGUGGCUACAAGGGCUCGCUGGAGUGCGGUAUCUAUAAGAGACCGAACGUCCUUUCCAUCUCCUACGGUGGAGCGGAGGCAGAUCUGCCCAUUGCUUAUCAGCGACGCCAAUGUUAUGAGUUCUUGAAGCUUGGUCUGCAGGGCAUGUCAGUGGUCGUCUCGUCCGGCGACUCGGGCGUUGAAGGUCGGGGUGGUGAUCCCACUCCCAACAAUUGUCUCGGCGACACCGGCAAGAUCUUCGCACCCCAAUUCCCUGCCACCUGCCCGUAUAUCACGACCGUGGGAGCCACGGUGAUCCCCAAGGGAGCCACGGCUCAAUCGCACCACGAGGUGGCCGUGUCGCGAUUCCCGUCCGGCGGUGGCUUCAGCAACAUCUACGCACGCGCCUCGUACCAGGCUUUGGCGGUUGCAGAGUACUUUGCCAAGGCAGACCCGGGCUACCCGUUCUACGAGACUGUCAACAACAGGAGCUUCGGUGCCCACGGAGGCAUUUACAAUCGCAUCGGCCGUGGGUACCCGGACGUGUCGGCCAUUGGCGACAACGUGGUCAUCUACAACCAGGAAAAGGCCGUCUUGAUCGGGGGCACCUCGGCGUCGGCCCCUGUUUUCGCGGCGAUCCUAACCCGCAUCAACGAGGAGCGUCUAGCCGCCGGAAGGCCGCCGGUGGGAUUCGUCAACCCGGUGCUGUAUGCCCAUCCAGAGGCCUUUUAUGAUGUGACUCAGGGCACCAAUCCGGGCUGUGGAACGAGUGGAUUUAGUGCCGCCAAGGGCUGGGAUCCGUUGACGGGUCUGGGGACCCCUAAUUAUCCAGCUUUAUUGAAGGUGUUUAUGGGAUAUGGUUGGUAA